AUGUUCCUGGCGUUCUUGGCGUGGUUCUACGCCGGAGCUUCUCUCUCCGUGUGGGCGUACACGUCGAGUCUCUUCACGUCUGCUGCAUGGUUGUGCGUCUCACUUCUUUCUGCGGGCACUUCGUAUGUGCUCUUCCGGCCAGGGAGGAGGACGAGUACACUCGCCAGAUGGAGGAGCUUGAGAAGGAGCUGGAAGAGGAGGAGGAGCUGCGUCGGGCCAAGGAACAGGAGGAGUUCGAAAAGGAGAACGAAGAACUGGAUCGAGAGCUCCUGGAGGAAAUGGGUUAUGACGAAGACGACAUUCAGGACACGCAUGGUCUGCGAGCUCGUUUCUUCGAGAGCUCAUGCAUUCCUGGGAAUUCGAGCUGCAGCGUGCCUGCUAAAGACCUCUAUGCCUCCUGUGGAACUGGGCGCAGGUAGGGUUGCCAAUGUGGCAAGAGCAGCAAGACUCAAUGUCAAUUGUCACUAG